GGUGUCAAUCACAGCCUGGUUGCCUCGCCGACGUCUGUUCCAUUUCAGCGACGGGAGCAGCCCAAAGCGGUUGUUAUUUUUCACCGAUGGAAAUAAUCACGCUUUAAACCACCAUCAGUAACAACAACAACAACAACAAGAGUACAGUCUGAACCCGGUGUUGAUUCUGCGCAGCAGGGAAAGAGCUCUUUGUCCUGGCCUGGUUUUCAGAGGAGCCAAUCGUAGAUGUUCCUACUCCAUCUUUAAUUGAAUGGAAUGCAAAUACUCGGCUGUGGUGCCCCAGUGCUCGCCGCGAAUCUAGAUAAUGGGCUGUGUACAAUGUAAGGAUAAAGAGGCAACCAAACUGACAGAUGAGAGAGAGACGAGUGUUUCCCAGCACACUGGGUACCGCUAUGGGGCCAACCCGACUCCCCAACACUACCCCAGCUUUGGGGUCACCGCCAUUCCCAACUACAACAACUUCCACGCGCCCGUCAGUCAGGGGACUGUGACGGUGUUCGGAGGAGUGAACAGCUCGUCACACUCGGGAACGCUGCGCUCACGUGGUGGAACAGGAGUUACACUCUUUGUAGCACUUUAUGAUUACGAGGCAAGGACGGAAGAUGAUCUCAGUUUUAGGAAAGGAGAAAAAUUCCAAAUUCUCAACAGCACGGAAGGAGACUGGUGGGAGGCUCGCUCCCUCACUACAGGUGGAACAGGAUACAUACCCAGCAAUUACGUGGCUCCAGUAGAUUCGAUCCAGGCCGAAGACUGGUACUUUGGGAAACUCGGCCGUAAGGAUGCAGAAAGGCAGCUGCUGUCUAAUGGAAAUCCUCGGGGCACUUUUCUGAUCAGGGAAAGUGAAACCACUAAAGGAGCGUAUUCCUUAUCCAUACAGGACUGGGAUGACGUUAAGGGUGAUCACGUGAAACACUAUAAGAUCCGUAAGCUUGACAAUGGAGGCUACUACAUCACCACCCGGGCUCAGUUUGAGACUCUGCAACAGCUUGUUCAUCAUUAUUCUGCGAGGGCUGCGGGGCUAUGCUGUCGAUUGAUAGUCCCCUGCCACAAAGGCAUGCCUCGCCUUGCCGAUCUGUCCGUCAAAACCAAAGACGUGUGGGAAAUCCCGCGAGAGUCGCUUCAGCUCAUCAAGCGCUUGGGGAACGGCCAGUUCGGAGAAGUCUGGAUGGGUACUUGGAACGGCACCACGAAAGUGGCAGUGAAGACCUUGAAACCAGGCACCAUGUCCCCUGAGUCAUUCCUGGAGGAAGCUCAGAUCAUGAAGAAACUGAGACAUGACAAGCUAGUGCAGCUAUACGCUGUCGUCUCUGAAGAGCCUAUUUACAUCGUCACAGAAUAUAUGGGCAAAGGGAGCUUGCUGGACUUUUUAAAGGACGGUGAAGGACGGAGCCUGAAAUUGCCAAACCUUGUAGACAUGGCAGCUCAGGUGGCUGCAGGCAUGGCUUACAUCGAGAGAAUGAACUACAUCCACAGAGAUCUGAGAUCGGCCAACAUCCUCGUGGGCGACAGUUUAGUAUGCAAGAUCGCGGACUUUGGCCUGGCCAGGCUGAUAGAGGAUAAUGAAUACACAGCUAGACAAGGUGCCAAGUUCCCGAUUAAAUGGACAGCCCCCGAAGCCGCGCUCUACGGACGGUUCACCAUUAAAUCAGACGUGUGGUCAUUUGGAAUACUGCUGACGGAGCUGGUGACCAAAGGACGUGUGCCAUAUCCAGGGAUGAAUAACCGGGAGGUUUUAGAGCAGGUGGAGCGUGGAUACAGGAUGCCGUGCCCUCAGGACUGCCCGAUCUCUCUGCACGAGCUCAUGCUGCAGUGCUGGAAGCGAGAUCCCGAGGAGAGACCCACGUUCGAGUACCUGCAGGCGUUUUUGGAGGACUACUUCACUGCCACGGAGCCCCAGUACCAACCAGGAGACAACCUCUAAGCCGCAAACAAACAAGAGUCUGAGAGUUAAAGCGAGUGGAUUUGUGCUUUAAUCUCGCAGAUUAUAACACAAGUCCAGUCACUUUGACUUUUAAAUGCUAUUAGACAUUGAAAAUCCACCUGGACGACUGAAAACCUCCGUAGAACUCAAGAGCCAGAGGAAAACGCAUCGCUACGACACACACUGACCUGAACAACGAUACGAUGCACGUAUGAUGAUUAAAGCUUCCAGAUUCGUUGCCAUUUCAAUCCAGUAUUCGACUUGUUACUCAUCUUCCAUUAAAAGGACGUGCCACAUUAAAUGUGUUCACUAAAGCCAAACCAUAUUUUGGGGACAUCAUGCGAGUGUUUGAAAAAGAAUUAAGGAUAACGGAUGGCCUGUUUGUAUGUAGUGUAAAUAUGAUUGUGUUUACUUACCCACGUUUUAGGCUUUAUUACUUUUUAUAAUGCUUUUUAUUUUAGUUUAGUUGAUUUUUUGUUCGUAUCCAGUCAUUGCUCAGAGAAAAAGUAUGAAUAUCGAGGCUGAAACAAGACGACUAAUUCUUGAAACAGCCUCUUUUAAAACGUCCGGGACUCUUUUGAUUAUUUAUUCCAGUAAAGACAUACCCUCUUUGUUUAACUUUGAGAAAUCCUGCAGCACAUAGCUAGCUUUCCUGACACUAAACAUUGUGACUUUUUCACUGAAGGAAAAUUGUGUAUGUGCACUGGUGACUCUGCUCAGCUUUAUUAUUUGCUCCUGCUUUUAGCAAAAGCUCAGUGUCUCCAUUUUUCUUUUGUUUGUUUCUCUUGCUAGUGCAUUUUCUAUUUAGUCACUUUGGAUUAACGAUAGAAGAAGUAUGCAUCGAUAUAGUAAUCAGGCUGUGUGGGCAUUAUGCUUGACUAUACCUGCAUCUCUCUCUAGCGAAGAUGAUCAAAUAAAAUAAAUGGCUAACAUCAUUAUUGUUGUAAGAAGCAUAAAAGCAAAUCAUUUAAAUGCAUUACAAUGUGCUAUGAUUUAACAUAACUAAGUAGAAAAAAAUAACAUUAACUCCACUGAGCUUGUCUCGCUUCUCUCUGGCCCUGAUUUCUGUCCCUGAUAUAAAAACGAUUUCAAAA